AUGUCGACCAGCCGCAAAUUAAAGAGCCAUGGCAUGAGAAAGGGCAAGAACAGAACCCCUCAUAAGGGUGUCAAGAGAGGUAGCAGCAAAAGAAAGUACCGAAAGGCCAGCAUGAAGAGCAGAAAACGGUGCGAUGACGCCAAUCGCAACUACCGUUCUCACGUAUAA